GUUGUGUAGUCAGGCAUGUCUUGUGUGGGUGAACGCCUUCGUGUUCAGUAGGCCUAUUAAUAAUAUUGUUGUGAGCUCCUACCACAAACAAGACAAUGACACCGGGGUCGGAAUGAGUGGCGUGCAUGCGGUGCAGGAUCUGCACUUGUCACAUUUGGUUGGAAGAUCUGCCGAUACCGUGUCUGUACUAUUAGACAUGUCAGAAGAAUUGGAACCAGCGGAGAGUAUGACAGAAACUGGGGUUUUGCCAAGAGGGGCCCAGCAAAAUGACAGAAACACCAAGAUUAGAAACCNUUGUGGCUUUCUGGUUAUUAGGACUGUGCAAUAACUACGCCUAUGUUAUCAUGCUAAGUGCAGCUUAUGACAUCUUGGAAAAGAAGGAUACAGUCCCAGACAGUGAUGUGGAGCCCAUGGAUACCAUGUAUAACCUGACCAACAGCACAUCAGCAGGACGAUUUGAUUGCAAUCCAAUCUCAACAGGGGCUGUUCUCCUAGCAGAUAUUCUGCCAACCUUGAUCAUAAAACUGAGCGCACCCUGGUUUGCUGACUACAUUCCAUAUAGUGCACGGAUUGCCUUGUGUGUCCUAGCCGCUGCAUCCAGCUUUAUCAUUGUGUCUUUGGUUCACCUGGUGGCCCUCAGCCUCAUGGGAGUUGUCUUUGCCAGUGUGUCUGCAGGACUUGGUGAAUUUACAUUUGUCAGUCUGAUGUCAUUUUAUGACAAGAAUGUUGUUUCAACAUGGUCAUCGGGUACCGGCGCUGCUGGUUUGAUCGGUGCCCUGUCCUACGCUGGUUUGACAGAAGUGCUGACUCCGAGAAAUGCCUUACUAGUCAUGCUAGUUGUACCUGUUGCCAUGGCAAUCAGUUACUGGGGUAUUCUGGUGCGAGUUCCAACAUCAAAACCACUUCAGGACGACCAACCAGUAGAUGAGGCAAGGAGACGAUUGCUAGAAUGUGACUCGAUGGAAGAUGCAAACAAAGAUACGCAGACACCCUCACAGGAGCAUCUCACACUCAAAGAGCGACUCUUCCAUAUCAAACAUCUUCUGAAGUACAUGAUCCCUCUGAUGCUAGUGUAUUUUGCAGAAUAUUUCAUCAACCAGGGCUUGCUUGAGUUAAUUUUCUUCCAAGGAAUUUGGUUGGAUCACCAGGGCCAGUACAGAUGGUUUCAGGUUUUGUACCAACUGGGUGUCUUCAUCUCUAGGUCAUCAGUUAACUUUGUCAAGUUCAAACGGCUUUGGAUCUUUUCAAUUCUACAGUGGUGUGUCCUGGUGUUGAUGUUCACCGUUGCCUACUACGCCUACAUGCCCAGCAUAGCCAUCGUCUUUGCCAUCAUCUUGUUUGAGGGGCUUCUUGGAGGAGCGGCGUACGUCAACACUUUCUAUCAAAUCAGACAAAAUGAGAGCCCCAAGUACAAAGAGUUUGCCAUGGGAACGACCACUGUUGCGGAGUCAUGCGGUACCUCACUGGCUGGAGCUGCUGCGUUGCCUGUCCAUAAUGCACUGUGUCGUUUGUAAUGCAUCUGGUAUUGUUUGUUAGUUUCCAGAGCGUUCAGAUGUAACUGGCGGUCUUCUUCCCUCUUUGGGUUCUUUACUUUUGCCUUAAUUUUGCGAUCAUGACGGCUAAGCUGAAUCAUGGGGAAUGUGGAUUAGUUAGUCUAGACUGCAGUCUGUACCAACGGCCUUUGCAUUCCUUGCAACGCCUGCGUGGUCCCUGCAACUCAGGAACAAUGUUAUUUUUUAAUAAUAGGUUUUGCCCUUGCAAUAUUCUUUGCAUAAACAUGUGACCCACUCUGUGAAAAUGAGUCACAUGUCCUCAGAGCCACUUUAAGUUAAAGGCCUUUGAAAGAAUCUGGCUCAGUGUUUAAGCAAUAGGAAUCCUCAACAUUUUAACAUCGACACAACGUCCAUUUUCAUUGUAUCAAACUGAGUGAUGACACAUCAACAGAAAGAGCUCAAAUGCGUCAAUCUGAUACAGAGUAAAACUCGAAAGUGGCUCAGAUGACUUGUGACUCAUUUUCACACAGUGAGUCACACGCAUGUGCCCUCGGGACCUGUGAUUAUGAUAGCCCCAAUCUUUGGAAUUAACGCCUUCAGAGUAGUUGUCUGGUAUGUGCCCAGCGGUGUGAAACAGUUGCGUAUGUGUCAUGUAUGUGCCCAUUUGUUGAAGUGCACCUGUACCCUCGCCAGCAAAGAAGAGACAGGCUGAUGGGAGAUGUUUGUUCCAACUGGGCUUGUGUACAUGCAGAGGAACACAUACGAAGAACAAACAGAAAUUGGUCGUGCAUGCUUGGCAGCGAACUCCCAUGAACUCAGAGUGUGUUUGUGGCGAGUGUCAACCAAAGGGUGAUCAUUGUCCCGCCAAGACACACCCUCUUGUCUUGUACCCACUCCAAGUGGAUUAGCCCAAGGCAUCACACAUACAGUGAUUUUUCUCACACAUCUUGAGAGAUAAGUGCUCAUGCCCUACCUGUGCCUUUGCACCAUUUUUGUUUCAGCAAGGCCUAUCUUUGACUUUGUGACUUUUUAGCAGAGCAGUUUGAUUUGUCAAACUAUCACGGGUAUAUAUGUAGCGUGCCACACUUGGGCCUGUUUUGUAUCGAAUCUUGGCUUCGUCUCUGCCUUGGCAUCAUUUCAAGCUCUGCGACAUUUAGUGUUUGAAACAAAGGAAAAUUCUCGUAACGGUGGCUUCAUAAAGGCUGGUUUUAAGCGGGGGAUUUCUGCCGAGGAAAAUGGAACUGCAGUGAGAGUGGGUCUUUUCAGUUUCAGGAAACGGAAGAGCAAAAGCCCAAAUGUAGAGGAUGGUUAGAUUUAGGGGUGCCCCCAUCAACUGUUGUGCAAACUUCAAUUGGGGGCAGUCCAGAAUAUUACUUACUGUCAUUUAUGAAUUUAAUAACGCCCCUCGAUGUACAUUUAAUUUUAAAAUAUUUCUUAUUCUGUACGAUGCUACAACAAUAUAUGGAACAAAAAUUGUUUAUAUUACAGUUCUGAAAUUUAUACUUCCUUGUGGAAUUUAGUCGUCAUAAUUAUGUAAUCGUGGUGAAAAUGAUGUCUGUGUCUUUAUUUUGUUCAUUGGGUUAAUGCUGCCCUUGUCAUUGCUCAAUUUUGGAGUCCAUUUUGUGUGCUUCCCGAGAAAUUUCCAAGUGUAAACUUUUUUAUUGCCAAAUAUUAUAGUUACAAAAAUGUAUGAACUAGAUCUCCGGGGCUAAAGGUUUGGAAGAUGUAAUGUUUUGUAAUAAAAUGUCCCACGAUAGUGAGGCUUUUCUCGAGUUAAAAAAAAGUA